AAAAAAAAACAAUGAAACCCAACCCAGACGCACAGCACAGUGUAACAUAACAACGACAGCCUGAGCCAGCCUGAGCCAGCCAGCAUUGAAGAAUUUAGAUGGCAGCGCCCAGCGGCACCUAAAACAGGAAUAAACUUCAAAAACUAACAAAAGAAGAAAAGCAGAAUGUCUGUCUCUGAAUCUCAGUGUCCUUCAUUCUUUCGCUCCUUCACUUCCUAUUAUUAUAAUUCACAAACAACUCCAGUAUGAAUCUCUCCGAUUCUAAAAUGUCCCAAUAAACUGAAGGAGAAAAAGAAGCUCUCAAGGUCAUGGCGUUGAAAUCGACCGGCCGAAAUCUCUCGUUCGAUGUUCUGAGCAGAAACGGCUCUCUCGAUGAGGAAGAAGAAGCAAUCUUCUACCGAUCCAACUCAGAUCCAAUCCAAUCCAAUCACCACAACAACGACAAGCCCGCCCGACGAAAACGCAAGAAGAAGAAGAAGAACACCACCACCACCCACAGCUCCAUACCCGAAAUCCCGACAAACGCAACCGUUUCGAAUUCCUUCCCUCACAAUUCCAGUAGCAAAAACGGAGAAACCAGCGGGAUUAACGGAAGCGGAUUGGAAUUCAGUUACAGUCAGACCGUGCUGUGCCCUGCCACUACGGAGCUCAGCGAUCCGGAGUUUCAGAAAUUGCGUGGCACAGCGGAACUGAGACAGAGGCCUGUCAAUGGGAGCGCCGGAGGAGUUGUCGGUGAAACGCAAACGACGUCGUCCCGCAUUGAAGCCGACGACAAGGAGGACAGUGGAGUGGAGGCGGGUUCGGUGAGUAAGCAGAGAAGCGAGCCAAAUGGGAACGCGGUCCCGAAAUUGCAGACCGCCGAGUCUUUGGAUUGGAAGCGACUCAUGGCCGAAGAUCCAAAUUAUUUGUUUUCAGUGGACAAGUCGCCAGUCAAGUACUUCAUGGAAGAGAUGUCUAAUGGGAAUUCAUUGCGGAGCACAACAACACUUGGCAAUGAGAAAGAACGAGAGAGAGUUUAUGACACCAUCUUCCGCUUACCAUGGAGAUGUGAAUUGCUUAUAGACGUUGGUUUUUUCGUCUGUUUUGAUUCAUUUCUGUCAUUGCUCACUAUCAUGCCAACAAGAAUUGUAAUGACUCUUUGGAGGCUUCUACACUCAAGGCAGUUUAAGAGGCCAUCUGCAGCAGAGCUGUCUGAUUUUGGGUGUUUUACUAUAAUGGCAUGUGGAGUCACUCUGUUGGAGCAAACAGAUAUCAGCUUAAUAUAUCACAUGAUCCGCGGUCAAGGAACAAUCAAAUUAUAUGUGGUGUACAAUGUGUUGGAGAUAUUUGAUAAACUCUGUCAAAGUUUUAACCCAGAUGUAUUGCAAACUCUAUUUAACUCGGCAGAGGGGCUUGCCAGUUGCCCACCAGAAAACAUGAGAUUCUGGAUAUGGAGAUUCAUUUGCGACCAAGCUUUAGCUGUGGCAGCCUCAAUUAUUCAUUCAUUUAUCUUAUUAGCUCAGGCAAUUACUUUGUCAACCUGCAUAGUUGCUCACAAUAAUGCCUUGUUGGCUUUGCUGGUAUCCAAUAACUUUGCUGAGAUAAAAAGCAAUGUAUUUAAGCGAUACAGCAAGGACAACAUUCAUAGUCUGGUAUACUUUGAUUCAGUAGAGAGAUUCCACAUUUCAGCAUUUGUCUUAUUCGUUUUAGCUCAAAACAUUCUGGAGGCUGAGGGUCCCUGGUUUGAAAGUUUUCUUUCUAAUGCUCUCUUGGUAUACGUCUGUGAAAUGAUUAUUGAUAUCAUAAAGCACUCAUUUAUUGCUAAAUUCAAUGACAUAAAGCCCAUUGCAUACUCUGAGUUUCUUGAAGACCUCUGCAAGCAGACUUUAAAUAUACAAACAGAGGCUUCAAAGAAAAAUCUCACAUUCAUUCCUCUGGCACCAGCUUGUGUGGUCAUCCGAGUGCUUACUCCAGUAUAUGCUGCUCGCCUUCCCUACAGUCCCCUUCCGUGGAAACUCUUUUGGAUUCUUGUCCUGUUUGCCAUGACCUAUGUUAUGCUGACAAGCCUCAAGGUGUUGAUAGGCAUGGGCCUCCAGAAACAUGCCAGUUGGUAUGUCAAUAGGUGCAGGAGGAGGAAACACCAUCUUCAUUAUGAUUGAUAGGUUGAUUGUAAAGAAGGGAAAUCAUUAGAUUUUCACAUAUCAGGUUCAACUUCUCUCACUGCAGAAGUGUCUGUUAAUUCUGCUCAAGGGAACCUCACCUAAGCAGUCGAAGGCCGAGGUUCCUGUGGAAUUAUGUGUUAGACCAUCAGAGGGCUCCAAAGAUAUGUGGUGAUUAGGACAGCAUAAGCUAGAGAAACCCAUAUUUUGGUAAUUUCUCUUUUUGGCCAGAACAUCAUGUAGCCUUGUAGUCUAAGUUAUGCAUGGUUAUAACCAUCUAAUUUUGUUACAAAACAAGGGUUGGUUGCCAGUUCGAGUUGCCACUGUGUAUAACAAAGGUAAAUGCCACAACCUUUCCAUUU